CGUUUCGAUGUUUGUGAAACGUUAGUUUGGUUCAUAGGGAAGAAUGGCAUCGAUUGCAUUCACCAGAGAUUUAUAUCUUUGGUUCAUGUCAGUUAUCUACUUAUUUGCAUUUUCAUCCCUUUACGUGCAAAUCCCAGGUCUUUAUGGAAACAAUGGAAUAAUGCCUGCAAGAUUUGUCCAGGAAAAAGAAGCAGUCUCCCAAACCGAACUGAUGAAUGAACCAACCCUUUUGAAGCUGACUCCAAAACUUGGACUUGAUACAGAGACAGCAAUGGAUCUUCUUUGUCUGGGAGGCAUUCUGAUUUCUUUCUUUUGUGUUGUGUGCCACACAGCUCGGGAUUUUAUAUCGUUCACAUUUCUCUGGGUGCUGUAUCUUUCUCUCUACAAGGUUGGUCAAACCUUCAUGUGGUUUCAAUGGGAUAUAUUACUACUGGAAGCUGGCUUCCUUACUAUGCUGGUUGCUCCAUUUGGUCUUCCUUUUUUACAUCUGAGAGGCUUGCUUCCUCACGACAAUAUCACAUUUUGGUUGGUGCGCUGGCUGCUCUUCCGUCUCAUGUUUGCUUCAGGUGUGGUCAAGCUUACUAGCUACUGCCCCACUUGGUGGGGUCUCACAGCUCUCACGGUUCACUUUGAAUCACAGUGCAUACCAACACCCCUUGCUUGGUACUGGCAUCACUUUCCAGAAUGGUUUCUUCGUGUGAGCUGUGUGGCCACUUAUGUCAUUGAGAUUGCACUUCCCUUCCUCUUUUUUGUUCCUAUCAGGGCGCUCCGUAUGUUUUCCUUCUUUUGGCAGGUUGUGCUUCAGGUUCUUAUCAUUCUGACUGGUAACUACAACUUCUUCAACCUGCUCACUAUUGCGUUAUGCAUCUCAAUACUGGAUGACAAGUGUUUUUCAAGAGCAUCUGAAGACGCUAAUAAAAAACCAGGCUCCAUUUUCAGACUUGUUGGCUUUGGGAUAUCAGUACUAGCAACAGGGCUUGUCCUAGGGAUUGGUGCCCACUACACAGUAAAGUUGUUCAGUCUAGAGCACAAUCCAGACUUUACCAUAAAGUCCCAGAUUGCAUUUACAGAAAAGCAGUUUCAUGACUGGCUAGAAAUGAUCAUGCCAUGGACCAUGCGAUUAGGAGCAGCUUCUCUUGCUUUUGAGAUAUUCAAGGCUAUCAACAUGAGCCGCAAACUGAAAAGUGGCUGGGUAAUGAAAGGCCUGUCACAGUUUCAAAUUAUGUUCUUUGGAAUCAUUGCAGCAGCAAUGUUCAGCAUAAGUUUGGUUCCAUUCGCAGCACUUGACAAGGCGGCACAGCGCUCAUUGCCUCAACCGAUUGUGCAUUUACACUCACAGUUACGGCCUUUCCAUCUGACCAGUCCAUAUGGCCUCUUUCGCAGAAUGACUGGUGUGGGUGGUCGCCCAGAGGUGAUUGUUGAGGGCAGCUAUGAGGCCAAUAGAGGCUGGAAGGAGUAUAACUUCCUCUACAAACCAGGAGAUGUGUCUGCCAGACCUCCCAUAGUUGCACCCCACCAGCCCCGGCUUGACUGGCAGAUGUGGUUUGCAGCACUUGGCAACUACCAGAACCAUCGUUGGUUUGUCACUCUGCUUUAUCGUCUUUUGACUGCUCAACCUGAAGUCCUAGAACUCAUGGGUGACAACCCAUUUCCUGAAAAACCACCCAACUAUGUUCGGGCCCUUCUCUACCACUACCAUUACACCCCCAGUACUCCUUUAAACAGUUCUCAGAAGAAAGAUUGGUGGGAGAGGACACUGAAGGCUGAAUACAUUCCUGUCCUGGCUAAAAAUGAUAGUAACCUCUUGGAGUUUUUGCGUCACAACAGGAUUUUGGAGGAACCCCCACCUUCAGAAACCACUCCAUUAAGCAAGGCAGUGAAGUGGAUCCGUCAGCUGAUUGGUCAGCCAGAAGGAUUUCGUUUUGUAAUGUCCUUGUUUACUUCUGCUGUUCUCCUUCGUCAUCUCACUGCAUUUCUGCCAGUUUAGGAAAAAAUAGACCUACUAUAGACAAUUAGGCUUAGAAUUGAAACAUUUUGUUAUAGGCAUGAAUGAAUGCAAAUCAUAAGUAAAUUUCAUGAGCAUUAACAUUAUUUACUUGACUCAUUGAGUCUGUGCAGUGGUGGGUUUUAUUUUAAAUAUUUUCUGAACUACUAGAGAGUCUAUACAGUUAUGCUUUUUUCCUAACAGCAUAAUUUUUUUAAAAUAUAGUGCCCAGUAUAUGUUGUAUGGGAAAAGUUGUUUUGAAUUUUACAAUUGUUAGUGUGGUGCUGGAAAACUAUUAUCACCAGUGAUGUUUUACUGCCAUUAAUGGUUCCUAAUUUUUGAUAAUUAUAAUUUUGUUUUGAGCAUCUGUAAAAAUUUUAGUAAGUUUUGGCUGUUGUACUUGUAGUGACAUUGAGUUCUCAUAAACUCUUUUUUAAUACUUUUUAAGCUUACUUCCAUCUGAAUUUUUUUUUUAACUGUAUAUCCAUACUGUUGGUGCUUUAUACUUUACCUUUUGCUCCAGAAAUAUUUUAAGUGAAAUUGAGAUUUCGAUGUUUUAUUGAUAAAAACAGUAGAAACUGUGCAAUAAAGAGCAGUUUACAAAAUCA